UUCGACCUCGACGUCUUGAUUGGACAGUCAAACACUCAGUGUCAUGUUUCUUUUUCAGUGCGCAGUGAACGCAGCACGAAGAGGAGGCUGACGAGGUCUUGUGGUUGAACAGAAGAACAAAAGACGACGGGCUCUUCUUCUGUGGUCUGGUGUCCCGCCUCUGGUGUGUGAACAUGAGCGAUUCGGAGGAAGAGGAGUCUACAGGAUCCAGCUACGUGUCUAUGGUCAGCGACCGGUCUAAAGACAGACCUGCAGACAGCAGCACUCAGACUGGACCCUCACAGACAAAAGGCUGGAAGAGGAGGCAGGUUUCUGAGGAGGAGCAGCUGUCCUGCUGUGCUUCAUGUCAGGACGUCCUGAAGGAUCCAGUCUCUACCAGCUGUGGACACUGGUUGUGCAGACGGUGCUUCACCUCACACUGGGACCAGGCUGCUUCAUCAGGAGUCUUCUCCUGUCCCCAAUGUGCAAAAAAGUCCAAAACAGGUCAGAGCAGCACAGUACAAAAUAGUGGACUGCAGGAGCUUAUAGAUGAACAUAAGCUCAGUCUGAGGAGCAGAUGUGAGCGUGUUGCUGAAGGAAGUGAUGAAACAGGAAGUGGGACCCUCCUCAACACGAUCUACACUGAGCUGUACAUCACAGAGGGUCAGAGUGAAGACGUGAAUACCCAACAUGAGGUCAGGCAGCUUGACACGACUUCCAAGAUGAAGACCCUCCAUGAGACUUUGAUCAGGUGCCAGGACAUCUUUAAAGCCUCACCUGAGCAGCAGACUCCCAUCAGAGUCGUUCUGACCAACGGCGUCGCUGGUGUUGGAAAAACCUUCUCAGUGCAGAAGUUCGCUCUGGACUGGGCGGAGGGCCUGGAAAACCAGGAUGUCAGUCUGGUGGUUCUGCUGUCGUUCAGGGAGCUGAACUUGGUCAGAGAUGAGCAGUACAGUCUUCUCACGCUGCUCCAUGUUUUCCAUCCAGCAUUACAGAAGCUCACAGCAGAGCAGCUGGCUGUCUGUAAACUUCUGUUCAUCUUUGAUGGCCUGGAUGAAAGCAGACUUUCCCUGGAUUUCAAGAACAUUGAGGUUGUGUCUGAUGUCGGACAGAAGUCAUCAGUCAACGUGCUGCUGGCAAACCUCAUCGAGGGGAAUCUGCUUCCCUCGGCCCUCGUCUGGAUAACGUCCAGACCCGCAGCGGCCAAUCAGAUCCCUCCUUCACGUGUUGACAGGGUGACAGAAGUACGAGGUUUCACUGACGAGCAGAAGGAGGAGUACUUCAGGAGGAGGUUCCGUGAUGAAGAUCUGUCCAGCAGAAUCAUCUCACACAUCAAGACAUCCAGGAGCCUCCACAUCAUGUGUCAAAUCCCAGUCUUCUGCUGGAUCACGGCUACAGUUCUGGAGGACAUGUUGACUACAGACCAGAGAGGAGAGCUGCCCAAGACCCUGACUGACAUGUACUCGCACUUCCUGCUGGUCCAGACAAAGAGGAAGAAGCAGAAGUAUGAUGAAGGACAUGAGACGAGCCCACAGGAGCUGAUGGAGGCUGACAGGGAGGUUCUCCUGAAGCUGGGCAGGCUGGCGUUUGAACAUCUGGAGACAGGAAACAUCAUGUUCUACCAAGAAGACCUGGAGCGAUGUGGUCUGGAUGUCAAGGAGGCCUUGGUGUACUCAGGAGUUUGUACAGAGAUAUUCAGAAGAGAGCGUGUGAUCUUCCAGAAAACAGUCUACUGCUUUGUUCAUCUGAGCAUUCAGGAGUUUCUGGCUGCAGUCUACAUGUUCCACUGUUACACCAACAGGAACACACAGGUUCUGGAGGCUUUCCUGGGAAAGCACAACAGGAAAGCAACCUUGGGUGGCUUCCUGAAGAGAGCCAUGGAGAAAUCUCUUGAAAGUAAAAAUGGUCACUUGGACCUCUUUGUUCGCUUCCUUCAUGGUCUCUCUCUGAGGUCCAAUCAGAGACUUUUAGGAGGCCUGCUGGGUCGGACAGACAGCAGUCCAGGAACCAUCCAGAAAGCCAUCAACAAUCUUAAGGAGAAGAAUGCCUUCAUGAUCUCUCCUGACAGAAGCAUCAACAUCUUCCACUGUCUGAUGGAGAUGAACGACCACUCAGUGCAUCAGGACAUCCAAGAGUUCAUGAAGUCAGAGAACAAAUUGGAGAAGAAGCUCUCUCCAAUCCACUGCUCAGCUCUGGCCUACAUGCUGCAGAUGUCAGAGGAGGUCUUGGAUGAUUUGGACCUGGACAUGUACAACACAUCACAGGAAGGACAACUGCGGCUGAUUCCAGCUGUGAGGAACUGCAGAAAGGCUGUUUUUUUUCUUUGAUUUGUUUUCUUUUGGGUGUUGGAGGUGACAUGUAAAAUUGCUAAAACACAAAGGACUUUAGAGUUUGUGGUUGAGGUCCUACUGGAAUUUACUGUUCCCUGGGAAGACCGGAUGGGAGAGGCAUUC